AUGAUGAAAGCUUCUGUCGAGGGAAAUUUUGAUGUCGACAAGAGCAGUGGUGCUGCUUCGCUUUUCUUCAAUGCCAGCAAUGUUAAGCUACGCACCACUAUGACUGAUGCUACCAUCAUCGCAGGCCCAAGCUUGAACGGUCUCUCUCUCGUUGUUGAGGAGCCUGACUUCUUCAUCAUCGACUAUAACGUCCCUAAAAAGGAUGUUUGGUUUCAGUUCAUGAAAAGUAUCUGAAUUGCGGAGAAACUCUUGAACCUUACUUACAUUCAUAGCAGAGAUAACCGGACAAUAGUUGAUGGGAGCCUUGUGACUGAUCCGACAAACAAGUUGUCUGCUAAUUAUAUGGUGAGCACAAAGAACUGUAAGCUGGUGGCUACUUAUCAGACUUCUAGUAAGAUGCUUGGUCUGGAAUGGUUGGGGAACUCCAAAUCAAAUGGAUCUUUCUAGGUAUGUGCAUCAAUGAAUCUAGCGGAGGAAUUGAAGAUGCCAAAACUGACCGCAGAAACUAUUUACAGUUCAAAAAGUUUCGGUUAA